UGUUUUUCAUUAGUGACUGAGCAUCAAAAUGCUGAGGUGGAUACGUGAUGGCUGCCAAUUCAUUUUUUUAGGUUGAAAAAAUUCAAAUUAAAAAAAACAAAAAAAAAAACAAAAUCCAAUCUUCACCCUCACUCCCUCCCCUCACGACCCAAUUCACUACACUCCCCACCCAAUGGAUUCCCUAAAAAAUUCACCCAUCUCGCCACCAUUCCCAUCUCUAGCUACCUCCAUUCCAUCUCCCUUGCCGUUCUUUUUGUGUGUCCGCUUCUACUACUGCUCACUCGAGAUCCAGUCCACAAGAUCAGAAGCCGAUGCUCUCUGCCAGUCCCUAUUUCUCUCCUCGUCGGGCUCAUGACGAUUCCUCUUCCGCAGAGGCAAUGGGGAGCACUGGCGGUGCGACGCGCGUGUUCAGUUUGACGAUGGAGAUAAAGAAGAGAGGGAAGGAGACAAAUUGUCGAUCUUCCUGUCCUAGAUCUGCCAAUCUCGUUGCCGAACCAGUAGGCGGCAAGGUGAUCCCAGGGAAGAAGAAACAGUCGGAGGUUAUGGCGACGACGACAAGCUAGCUUGGACAGUGUCAGCGCGUCCUGGGUGGCGUCAACGUUGGGGAUUGUCUCGAACCGCUGCCGGCGGCGCUGGGUUUAUUUCUUUAGGGCGUCGAUUUGGUAAGGGGAGAAGAAGACGAUGACGCUGGGUUUUGUUCGAGGCGAGGGCCUAGGGAGGGGGCUGGUGGCGGGUCUCUGAUUAUUUAGGGUUCUGGUCGGAUGUGUAUUUGGGGAGGAUGAUGGAGAAAGAAGAUGAGGAAGGGGAAGAGUGGUCCUCCUCAUGCCCCUUCUCUCUCUUUUUUUUGCAUUUUUUUAUUUUAAAUAAUAAUGACUUGUUUUGGUAAAAAAAAUUAAUAAUGACGUGUAUAGGUC